AUGCCAGUUUCAGUCCCAGCUGCAGACAGACGGUGGAGAGCCUCAGCAGCGUUUUCUCUCAGUUUUCUCUCUUUAAUCUUCUCUAUCACAGCGUUCAGUAGUAGUUACUGGUGUGAAGGGACAAGAAAAGUUGCCAAACCUUUCUGUACAGGAAAGAGCAAAGGGGAUCACUGCAUCCGCUUUAAUAGCCCUGAUGCCAACAACAGCAACGCUGUGCAAUAUAUUUGGGAGACAGGAGAUGACAAGUUCGUUGAUCGAAAGUUUCAUGCUGGAAUGUGGUAUUCCUGUGAAGAAAUUAUAAAUGAAGAAGGUGAGAAAUGUAGAAGCUUCAUCAGUCUGACUCCAGCUUCUGAUCGAGGAGUUUUAUGGCUGUCUAUUGUCACAGAGCUUCUGUACAUCAUUUUGCUUCUGACUGGAGUCAUUCUUAUGUCAGUAGAAAUGUGCUACUACAGCACUGUCAUUGAUGGGCUAAAGAUCAACGCCUUCUCUGCAGUAGUCACCGUGUUAGCAGGUCUUCUGGGCAUGGUUGCUCACAUGAUGUACACAACUGUAUUUCAAAUGACUGUAAAUCUUGGUCCUGAAGACUGGAGACCUGACACAUGGGAUUAUGGCUGGUCCUAUUGCCUCGCAUGGGCUUCCUUCGCUUGCUGUAUGGCUGCAGCUGUCACCACUAUUAACAAAUACACAAAAACUAUUUUGGAAUUUAAGCACAAAAGAAAAACACCGGGAAGGAGUUUAAAGAUUAAAUACAAGUUUCCUGAUCAUACAUCUCCAGAGAAAGCUUGCAAUGUGUAUGUGAACUCAUUUCACAACAGUACGGAGGAUCCUGCACAUCCAAUAAAAGGCUUGCGUCACCUGGCCACUAUUUCAGUUCUGUAA